AGGCUGGUUGUCUGUGACUUUUCAUUUCUUUUCCUCUCUUUCCUUACCGUCAAACAUUACAGGUGAUCGAAGCUUCUAAUUUCAUUUGUCUUCUUCUUGCCUUUGCUUUCCAGGUACUUGGAUAACCAUAUCAGUUUUCUAACGAUAAAACUUUUUCGGCAGUUGGUUUCAUCUGAAUUGUUGAUUGAUGGGUUCCGAAGGGCCAGCAGCAGUAACUAUCCAUGUGACUGGUUUUAAGAAAUUUCAUGGAGUUUCAGAGAAUCCAACUGAAACCAUUGUUAGUAAUCUAAAAGAGUAUACAAGAAAGAAAGGUUUGCCAAAGGGUGUUAUUCUCGGCAGUUGUAGUGUUCUCGAGACUGCCGGACAAGGAGCUCUCACUCCACUGUAUCAGACAUUGCAAUCUGCCUUGACAGGGAAGGAUUCUCAAUCUUCAUGCUCUGAGAGAGUUAUUUGGGUACACUUUGGAGUCAAUAGUGGUGCAAGUAGAUUCGCAAUUGAGCAUCAAGCUGUGAAUGAAGCUACUUUCCGUUGCCCCGAUGAGAUGGGAUGGAAACCUCAGAGAGUACCCAUUGUGCCUGCUGACGGCGGAAUUUCACGUGUACAAAAGACUUCUCUUCCUGUUGAGGAAAUCAAAAAAGCCUUAGCAAAGAUGGGAUAUGAGGUAAUGACAUCGGACGAUGCUGGACGGUUUGUGUGCAAUUACGUGUACUACCAGUCACUGCACUUUGCAGAGCAGAAUGGGAUCAAAUCACUCUUUGUCCAUGUCCCUCUUUUCUUGACCAUAGAUGAGGAGACCCAAAUGAAAUUCGCCGCUUCCUUGUUGGAGGUACUUGGUUCUCUGUUUUAGUAACAUGCCGGUAUCAACUCAUCUUCAUCUCCGGGAGUUGAUAUGGUUGUACCGUUGUGGAAGGAUGCAUGUUUAUUUAUUAGUGUAUCUGAA